AUGUUAUUUCUACCAUGGAGUAAUGAAGAAGAGGAUCUUAUUCAUAUAAUUCAUGAAGAAACAUUUGAAUUAUAUAAAGAUUUGAUUCGACAAAAAAAAUCUGAAUAUGUUCACCGUGAAGCCAAUGAAUUCGAAAAAGCUUUUGAAGAGCAUACAGAAAGAGGAAAUGACGAUGAUAUUGAUGAUAAAAAUAUUGAAUAUGAUCAAGAUAAAAAUGAAUUUCUUAUUUAUGAAACAGGAAAUAAUGAAGGCGAUAUCUUUGUUGAAAUGGGAAUAAAUAUUCGAACUGAAAAAGUCGAACAUUUUAAUGUUCCCAAAAUGAUACCUGAUGCAGAUUAUCAGCGAUUGAUACGAAGUCUCAAUAAUAAUCAAAGAAAGUAUACUUUAAAUGUGAUGAAUUUGAUUAAAGAUAGCGACAAGCAAUUUUUUCAUUUCAUUAAUGGAGGUGCAGGUGUUGGCAAAAGUACUUUGAUCAAAGCAGUAUAUCAGUCGGUACUGAGAUUUUAUAAUUCCCUUCCAGGAUCUAAUCCAGAAACUAUUCGCACUGCAAUUUGUGCACCAACCGGUAAAGCAGCAGCAUUAAUUGACGGAAUGACUUUACAUUCAUUUUUAAGUUUACCAGUUAAUCAAUGCAAACAUAAACUCGUUAAACUAGAUAGCGGGAUUUCAAAUAGAAUUGGAGUGAAAUUGAAAGACUUGCAAUUAUUAAUAAUAGACGAAAUAUCAAUGGUUGGCUUUACAAUGUUUCAGCAGGUCGAUGCUCGCCUGCAGCAAAUAAUGAAGUCAAGAGAACCAUUUGGUGGAGUAUCAGUUAUAGUUUCGGGCGAUUUCAAUCAAUUAAGACCAGUUGACGAUAAAUACAUAUUCCAAUUUAGCAAUUCAUAUAAUGCUUUAGUAGAUAAUCCAUUAUCGUCACUUUUUGAAUUGUUCGAAUUGACGGAAAUAAUGAGACAAAAAGAUGAUAAGAUUUUUGCCAUUGCAUUAAGUAAUAUAGCAAAAGGAAUGAUGACACUUGAAGAUAUUAAUUUAUUAAAAUUACGAAUUGUUUCAAAUGAAAAUUUGGAAAUCAUGGGAGAUGCAAUAAGAGUAUUUAGAAGUAAUGCUGAAGUUGAUGCAUAUAAUACAAAAGUAUUGACUAGUCUUAACACCGAAGGUGCAACUGCAAAUGCUUAUGAUUUUUGUGUUGGUGAUGGGCAAGCAUCGAUAAAAGAAAAGUAUUAA